UACCGAUUCUUCAGAUUGAGUUCUAGACCUAGUCUUCUGCUUCUUCAGUUCUUCCUCUCACUUAAUCAUGCUGGGUUGCAAUUUCAGAUUACCAAAUUGCUGGUUAUUGAUUUAAUGAUUUCAAAUCAGACAUUAGUUUGCAGUGGACGCUCGCAUCUAUACCAUUAAUUAAAUCCUUGCAUCUGUACUAUUAAUUAAAGCCUUUGGUAAGAAAUUCAAGCCCCACCAAGGUUGUAAUCCUGGAUCUGCCACUGCUAGUAAUCUCCACUCUCCGAGCCUCAACUUCAAAGACACAAACUCCCGCCCGCAAGACCUAAGACGCUUUAACUUUCUGGCUUUGUUCAAGUUCCGAUUGUUUCAGUUGCUGUUUUGAGAUUAUUUUCAGUCUGAUGGUCCACUUGUUUUAGCUACUAGAAGGGCAUGGCAAGGCAGCGGCCGAAUAUAUUGGUGACUGGCACACCCGGAACAGGGAAGACAACAAUGUCAUCUGCCUUAGCAGAAGAGACACAGCUUCGCCACAUCAACAUAGGUGAGUUGGUCAAGGCAAAGAGCCUCCAUGAUGGCUGGGACAAUGAGCUUGACUGUUACGUCAUUAAUGAAGACCUGGUGUGCGACGAGCUUGAAGAUAUGAUGGAAGAAGGAGGGAACAUAGUGGACUACCACGGUUGCGAUUUCUUCCCUGAGAGAUGGUUUGAUCUUGUGGUUGUGCUUCAGACUGACAACACUGUUUUGUAUGACCGUUUGACUCAAAGAGGGUAUUCCGGCUCUAAACUUUCCAACAAUGUUGAAUGUGAAAUAUUUCAAACUCUGCUUGAGGAGGCAAAAGAGAGCUACCCGGAAAAUAUUGUACAACCUCUGAAGAGUGAUAGCAUUGAAGACAUUUCAACGAAUCUCGCUUCUUUGACUGAUUGGGUGAGGAGGUGGCAACCAUCAACUUAGUCUGCCACGGUAUAGUUCUGCUUGAAGCAGGUUUUUAUUUAGUCGUUUCAUAUGGUCAAACAUCUAAGAUGAGGUUUCUUGUACUAAUGUUAUAGUUUAUUCAAAUCCAAUUUCUUGUCAUUUUAAUGUUGAUGUGAUCUGAGGAUUUGGUGAAAUCAAAUUUCUUUUCAAAGUUAUCCACAUAAGAUUGAAUUCUUAUGUUGGAUACCAGAUUU